UCUACGAAGACGUCAGUCAAGGUUGAAAGGAAACAAGAAAAAUCAAACAAAAUUCGUUUAUUUAAAAAAAUUUAUUACAAUAAUUUUGAUAAUAAUGUUGAAAAUUUUAUGAAAAUCUCAUUCAAAAAAUAAUUUUUAUUCUAAUCGUAAUUAUAAGUAUUAAGUGAAUAAUGUCUACAAAUCAACGACAAUUCGCUCAAAAAUUAUCAAAGCAACAAGCUUCGGAAGUGCGAAAGAACGUCGUUAGCUGUGGCUUGACUACAAAACCAUCGGAUGUUGCUUCUUUAUGUUCAUCUACGAUUUGUCUAACUGAACCAGUGGAACCAUUGGAUUAUGAAGAAUUUUUAAUCCAACAUUCAAGUAUUUUAAGUCGAGAACCAUUGAGACAAAUUCUGGAAUUCCCACCAGGAGAUGUAUCGGUGAAGACAAUACCCAGAAAAAUACGUACUGUGGAACACAUUGUGCCAAAAGAAAAUAUAACUGAACUACCUCCCCAUGUCCAGGAAUGUGUCAAUUGCUUCAUUAGACCUUGGAAAACUGUCGAAUACUCCCAACGACACUACUCGAGCUCGUGUUGCACACGAGAACGCAUCGAUCGUGGUACACUUAGCCCAACGAAUUUCCAACAAGAAUUCGAAAUCGAUAAAGAUUUCGCUUCCUUUGAUGAUGGCUUCACUGACAAAAGCGAUAGCUGCACACCGAGUAGUCGUCAAUCUAUUGCCAGUCUCUCUUCGGUUUCAUCCUGUACUGAUACCCUUACACCUCGCGGAUCAUGGGCAAGCUUCGAUUUGCGUCGCUCUGUCAAUGAUCCACUUAUACCAAAUCUCCUCGAUGAUCUACCUCCAGAAAGUAUCGACCAAGCCAACGAAACACGUCGUCAGGAUGAUCGACAAGAAUCUCUGUUUAGUUUAUAUCCUGAAGCUGAUCCAGAUGAUUUGAUUGAACGUCGUUUGCCAGCUGAGAAGCCAAUCGAACAUCAAGGACAUCGAAUACAUGUGAAAUGUCAUCAGUUGCGAUUGGAGUUGGAAGUUGAACCGAUAUUUGCCUCGAUGGCAAUCUACGAUGCCAAAGAAAGGAAGAAAAUUUCUGAGAAUUUUUACUUUGACAUGAAUUCGGAUAAUUUGAAGAGAAUGUUGAAUUCACAUGUUCAGUAUAGUGAUGUUAGUACGCAGAGUCGGACGGGGAUCUUUGAGAUAACCUAUCCGAGUAAUGAUUUGUUUCUAGUCAUUCGGUUGGAGAAAGUACUGCAGGGAGAUAUUAAGGAUUCAGUUGAACCUUAUCUGAAAGAUGACAAAGAUAAAUACAGGGAUAAAGCUAAAUCGAAUGCUUCGGAUUAUUGUGAGAGGUUGGGUAAAUAUAGGAUGCCUUUUGCCUGGACAGGAAUAUAUCUUACGAAUGUGUUUAAUGGUGACAAUUUUGAGAACGAAAAAGAGAAUAGCAGUAUGGGGACCGCUUCGAGUUCGAAUAGUUUGGAUCGCAAAUCAUCGACAAGUAGUUUUGAUCAGCUUCGGCAAAAAGCAAAUGUUAUGAGUGGCACUCUGACGAGAAGAGGUUCUCUCGAACGGAAAAGUGAAAAACGACGUUCAUGGUCGCCAGAUGAGUUUGCAAAUAGCAUUGAGACAUUCAGACCAAUUACAAUAACUGUGUCGAGCUUUUUCAAACAGGAAUCGGAUAAAAUGAAAGAUGAAGAUUUGUAUAAAUUUCUGCCAGAAUUGAAGCGUCCAGCAGCGGUUAUGAAGAAAUAUAAAUGUAUACCUGGUUCUAUUAAAUUAGAGAUUUCACCAUGUCCUGAAGAUGUUAAAUGUGCUCUCUCACCAGAAUUGGCCAAAGUGGAACCAUAUCCGAAUGACAACACUCGUCCAGUCAAAGAAAUUCUCGAAUUCCCCUCAAGUGCCAUCUAUAUCCCUCACUACACCUACCGCAAUCUCCUCUUCAUCGCUCCAAAAGAGUUAAAUUUUUCAUCUCGUGCUGGUUCAGCUCGUAACAUUGCUGUACGCAUCCAACUUAUGGCUGGCGAAACUCAAAACGACGCCCUCAGAGCUAUCUUUGCUAAAUCUUCCUGCCCCGAAUACAGCUCUGAAGCAUUUACUGCCGUUAAUUAUCACAACAAAUGUCCAGCAUUUUACGAUGAAAUAAAAGUUGCUCUCCCAGCGAAUAUCAAACAAAAUCAUCAUCUUCUCUUUACUCUCUACCAUGUCUCGUGUCAGAAAAAACCACAAGAAAUGCAAACCACAGUUGAAACUCCAGUUGGUUAUACUUGGAUACCAUUGCUCGAAGAUGGUAAACUUCGAGUUGGUGAAUUUAAUUUACCUGUUAUGGUUGAAACACCACCGGAAAAUUACUCAUUUAUUCCACCAAAUGUACAUUUACCUGGUACCAAGUGGUUAGAUAAUCAUCGUCCUGUGUUUACUGUUACAAUUGAUGCUGUUACUUCUAUACACACGCUAGAUCCUUACCUUGAUAGAUUCUUCCUGGCUUGUGAGUUUCUGGAAUCAAAAAAAGUUCCACCCCACAUUGGUGAAGGCAACAUGGAAAAAGAAAUGAAAAAAUGCCUCCUCGACAUUGAAAAUGCAGAUCGUGAACCCUUGGUCAAGAAUCUUCCAAUAGUUUUGGAUAAACUUAUUGAAUUGUUGGUCACAACUUACAAGAUCAGUGGACAAACUCUAUCGAUGGGCUCAAAUGUUUUCGAAGUUCUUUGUAUGGUUUCAGAGAAUCUUUCGAUUCUCUCAGAUGACAUCGUUGUGGAUCAGUAUGGACGUCAGAGUCUUCUUUCAACCUAUGUGCAAUAUCAAACAAAAAUUCUUCAUCCAUUCAGUGGAAAGAGACGACUCACGUACAGUAGAAGCAAUGCUGAAGAAAUGAUGGUAUCAGGAUAUGAUGGUUACGUUAUGCACGAACACUCUGGAAGAAGUUUAGAUAGAAAAGAAAUAACAGCAGAAAUCUCUCCAUCUUACAUUGGUCGCGAUGGACAAAUUCGUUUGCUACACGAAGAGCUGGCUCUUCAUUGGGUUGUUGCCAGUGGCAAUGCAGCCGAAAUGGCUAUGAAAAAUUCUUGGUUUCUUUUUGAAUUGAUGAUUAAAUCAAUGAUUGAACAUUUAGAUCUAACUCGUGCUUUAACAGCUCCACGUAAAAGUCGUUUUCCACAUCAAUUUACUGACGAUAUAUCGACUUUAAUACAUUUGGUGACAACAAAAGUUGUGGGUUAUCAUAAUAUCGAUCAGAAAUUGGCACAGUCAUUAAAUGCUAGUUUAGGAUUCUUUAUAUUCGAUUUAUUUAACAUCAUGGAUAGAGGAUUUGUUUUUGGAUUGAUUAAGACUUAUUACAAAGUUUUGAUAUCAAAGAAUUCUUCUAUUCCUGAUUUGAUGCAUUAUAAAGUAGAUUUCUUGCGUAUUGUUUGCAGUCAUGAGCAUUAUAUUGCCUUGAAUCUACCAUUUGCUACUCCAUAUACAACUGUUCCAACACCAACUAGUCCAACGCCAAGCACAAAUUCGAAUAAUAGUCAGAAUUCUUAUGGAUCAAUUGACAAAGCUUUGCAAGCAGACUUGAAUGCUGAAUUUAGACAGCAACAUUAUCUAGUCGGACUGGUUCUGAGUGAGCUAGCUACUGUUUUGGAAGUUUCAAAUCCAGCACUUCACAGUAAAGCAAUUCGAUGUAUACGCAAUUUAAUGACAUCCCAUGAUUUGGACUCGAGAUAUAGUGAUUCAGAUGCACGAGCUCGUGUAGCAUCUUUAUACAUCCCUUUGUUGGCAAUUGUUAUGGACACAAUUCCACAGUUGCAUCAAUUUCUCACAGACACACAAGAUCGUCUGCAUAGUAUUGGCCUUCUCGAAGACUAUCAAGGACCACAUCAGCCAAUUGCUACAACAACUAUAAGUCCCGAGGUUGCUUAUGCCAUUUCGGGAAGUCGAACAUAUUCGUAUGUUCCCGAUCCAGUCAAGAACAAGUCUCAAUUAAACACUGAAGAUACAAGACAUCUUCUAGCUUGUUUCAUAUGGGUGAUAAAGAAUUUGGAAAGAACAAUCCUUUAUCGUUGGGUUUUGGGUUUAAGUCCUCAUCGUGUUCAUCAAAUGUUACAAGUUCUCAACUGGUGUAUUCCAUGUUUUGAAUAUAGAGGUCAGAAACGCCUUCCGAUGGUCAAGAGAAACAACACUCAAAGUUUUCGCAAAACUCCCGACAUGAAAGAGAAACUUGAGGAAUAUAUUCGGGGAACCGGAUCGGCUCGUAAUGAUUUGAUAAAUCGUCGAAAAGAUCGUAAUUCAACUGAAAAACUCCGCUGGCGGAAAGAUCAAAUGCCAUAUAGGUCACAAUUCUCAGAUACUCCAGUCAAAGCUGAACCAGAAAUUGAAAUAACUCAUUGUAUAGAAGGAUCAUUGGCUACCGAGUUGAUACUUGUUACAUUGGAUGCUCUAGAAAUCAUUGUUCAAGUGGCAACUAAUUCGGAAAUUCAUCAUAAUCUUCUGAGGACAGUUUUGAAGGUUCUUCUCCAUGCCCUCUCUCGCAAUCAAAGUACACUCUCUUUGCAAAAUCUCUUUGCAUCACAACGUUCGUUGAUCUUUAAAUUCCCCAAUUUACUAUUCGACGAGGAGACAGAUAUUUGUGCAGAUUUGUGUUUGUUGUUGCUGAAACAUUGUGGAUCUUUAUUGCCAGGAAUUAGAUCACAAGCUGCUGCUUCGCUGUAUCUGCUGAUGAGACAGAAUUUUGAAAUUGGAAAUAACUUUGCACGUGUUAAAAUGCAAGUUACCAUGUCCCUUAGUUCGCUGGUGGGAACAAGCUCCUCCUUCAGCGAGCAGUCCCUUCGCAGAGCAUUAAAAACAAUUCUAGUCUAUGCCGAGUCCGAUAUCGAUCUUCAGGACACUUCAUUUCCAGAACAAGUUCAAGAUUUACUAUUCAAUUUGCAUAUGAUCCUCUCGGAUACAGUCAAAAUGAAAGAAUACCAAGAAGAUCCUGAAAUGUUAUUAGAUUUAAUGCAUCGCAUUGCAAAAGGUUAUCAAAAUAAUCCCGAUCUAAGAUUGACAUGGUUGGAGAAUAUGGCUAAAAAACACCGUGAACGUGCCAAUCAUACCGAAGCUGCAAUGUGUUAUGUACAUAGUGCUGCUUUGGUAGCAGAAUAUUUGAGUAUGUUGGAAUCACAAACUCAUCUGCCAGUUGGAGCGGUUAGUUUUCAAAAAGUCACUCCAAAUGCUCUCAUGGAAUCGGCUGUAUCGGAUGAUGUUUUAAGUCCUGGUGAAGAUGGUAUAUGUCUGGGCAAUCAUUUUACUGAGAUCGGACUGAAGGCGUUGUUGGAGGAGGCUGCAAACUCGUUCCAAAUUGCUGGAAUGUACGAAGCAAUGAACGAGGUUUUGAAAAUACUUAUACCCAUAUGCGAGGCGAAUCGUGAUUUCCAGAAGUUGGGCAAGGUACAUGGUAAACUGCAAGAGGCCUUCAAUAGAAUUGCACAAUUGCAAGGGAAGCGUGUGUUUGGGACGUAUUUUCGGGUUGGAUUUUAUGGAACGACAUUUGGGGAUUUGGAUCAACAGGAGUUUAUUUAUAAGGAACCGACUUUGACUAAAUUGCCGGAGAUAUUCAGUCGAUUGCAGAGUUUCUAUGCUGAUCGAUUUGGUCCAGACUCUGUGCAUAUUAUCAAGGACUCCAAUAACGUGGAUGUCAACACUCUGGAUCCAGACAAGGCUUAUAUUCAAAUAACCUAUGUCGAGCCAUACUUUGAAACUUUCGAAUUGCGUCACAGGGAAACCUAUUUCGAGAGGAAUUUUAACAUAAAACGUUUUAUAUUUGCCACUCCAUUCACCAAAGGAGGCAAAGCCCAUGGCGAAUUGAAUGAACAAUGCAAACGUAAAACAAUCCUCACCACAGCAAAUCAUUUCCCCUACGUGAAAACCCGCAUUCAAGUCAUAAGUAGACAACAGGUUAUCUUGGAACCGAUUGAAGUAGCAAUUGAGGAUAUUCAAAAAAAGACAUUAGAAUUAGCUGCAGCAACAAAACAAGAACCAGCUGAUCCGAAAAUUUUACAAAUGGUUUUACAAGGUUGCAUUGGAACUACGGUCAAUCAAGGUCCAAUGGAAAUGGCUACAGUUUUCUUAUCUGGUUUAGCCGAUGGUGUGACUAUACCGACAAAACAUCAAAAUAAAUUACGUUUGUGUUUUAAAGAGUUUGCCAAACGUUGUACAGAUGCUUUGAAGAAAAAUCGUAAUCUCAUUCAAGCCGAUCAGAAAGAUUAUCAAAGAGAACUGGAGCGAAAUAAUGAACGAUUUUUGGAACGUUUAUCACCUUUAAUUACAUUAAGUGCUAGUCAAGCUCUUGGUGCUGUUAAUUUUGAAACUAAAAAAAAAAACCAUAAAAACAAAACACAAAAGGAAAAACUAAGUAUUGCUGAUCUUUAAGCGCCAACAGUUACGUCAGCAAGAGUACACCGUUAAGAUGUGUUUCGGAUUAUUUUAAGUAAAAUUUAUUAUUCACUAAAAAAAUUACAUAAAUAUAAUUAUACUCAAUUGAAAUGACACUUGAUUAAUUUUAAAUAAUAAUAAAAUGUAUCGAAAUGAAUUUUACUCAUAACAACACUUUAGAAUUACUUAUGUGUGUGUAGUGUGGAAUAUUUUUUUUUGUUUUUAUAAUUUGUAAUUUAAUAUAUUUUAUUUUUAUGUAAACAUUUUGGACUGAACGAAACCAAAAAUUUUAAGAAAUUUAAUUUGUUUUUAAUUAUUAAUUUUUUUUUUCUGAAAAGAUAUUAGUAGUAAUAAAAUAUUUAAACAAAACAAAAAAAAAAUUACUUUCAAGUAUUAGAAAACAAAAUACAUUUACAAUUAAAGGCAUUUUUUAAAGCGCAAAGAAAAUCAAA